AUUUGCAUCAGGUUUUUAUAUAUACAUCGUUCUGCUUUUGAAUAUAAUUAUCCUACUACUCCCAAGCGUCAGCAAUCAUGCCUGAUCCACCCACCGUCAAAGCGCCCAAGAAGGGCUCCAAGAAAGCCGUCUCCAAGGCCGUCACCAAGGGCGGCAAGAAGAGGAGAAAGUCAAGGAAGGAGAGCUACGCCAUCUACGUGUACAAGGUGAUGAAGCAGGUCCACCCCGACACCGGCAUCUCCUCCAAGGCCAUGGGCAUCAUGAACUCGUUCGUGAGCGACAUCUUUGAGCGCAUCGCCGGUGAAGCCUCUCGUCUGGCUCACUACAACAAGCGCUCCACCAUCACCUCCAGGGAGAUCCAGACCGCUGUGCGCCUGCUGCUGCCCGGCGAGCUAGCGAAACACGCAGUGUCUGAGGGAACUAAGGCCGUGACCAAGUACACCAGCUCCAAGUAAACCUGAUGUAGACCACCAACACAAAGGCUCUUUUAAGAGCCACCCACUUCUUCUAAAGACAAUUACCCUAUGCUUGUACUUCAAAAGGAUUACAAGAUAUUAUUUUAUGUGGAAUAAGUUAAUUAAGCCUAUACGUGGUAAACGGAAGUUUUAUAUAAACUAGUUGAUGACUGUUUGCAGCAUUGUUACAACGUCUACAUUUAUGGGGAAUACAUAAUUUUUAAGUUAAUGCAGCAGAUCAAAACUCCUUCAGUAUUAUACAAUUCUGCUCUUUUGCGGGCCGUGACAAUCAGCAGAUUCUUACCUAGAAU